UGUUUUCUACAAAGCUGCUCUCUCUCAACAUUUAUGAUCGGCCUCUCUACAUCACAAAGGCAAACAGAGGGGGACCCAAAGGACGGAACUUUCCUUCAGGGAAAACAGAUUCUAAUUAAUUAAAAAGAGCAGAUAGGAGAAAAAUGUAUGCAGAUACAGGGCCAGCGUUCCGAUUCAUGCAGGGCUGUUCUCCAGAAACUCAUCAGUUCGAUGACCUCUUUAAACCCUACAAGCUCUCUGAUCAAACGAUCAGUCUUGUUGAGGCAUGUGAGUAUGGUUUCGGAGGAGAAGAGAGCGACCUAUUCAAAGCCCCUGAGCCGAUCAUCAUUGAGGAGCCAAUGCUAGCCGUUGACCCACUCUCUCAAGAGAUUGUCGGACUCAGCGAUCUUGGGUCGUUGCAGAGCGACCAGCAGCUUAUAGAAAAGGCGUUCUACGAGUGUGAACAGGAGGAGCUCUUGGUGAAAUCAGCCAUGGAGUCUCCGCUGCUCUCCGAUGUACUAGACGCCGAGAACGUCUCUCUAGUGGCGGAAAUGGACAGUAGUGGUGGUGUUGUUGUUUCUGAUGUCGCAGUUCCUAAGAGCGUGAGCUCGGGGAACCUGAGAUCGAUGGAUAUGCCACAGCAGCAGCAAGAGGAUGCGGUGAUUCAUAGAUUCUUCCCUCCAGUGGAUAAUGGAAUGAGAAGAGCCUUUAGCGAAAGCGAUAUACAGACACUGGGGACUCGAAACGCGGGUCUAGUUCAGUCUCAACUGGAUCGGAUGAUAGUCAGUUGCACCUCUGAGGACCGUCGUGAGAAGCUUUCUCGAUACAGGGACAAGAAGAGCAGGAGGAAUUUCGGGCGUAAAAUCAAGUAUGCUUGCAGGAAGACUCUUGCAGACAGUCAGCCGAGGAUCCGAGGAAGGUUUGCAAAAACAGAGGAGAUGCAGAAAUGAGGAUUCAUUUAGUUUUGGUACCUGAAGAUAAGCAGAACAGUUUGAUGCAGUGUGUUAAGCCCAACAACCUCUUUGGUGUCUUUUUUUGUAUAUAAGGGUUUGUCUGAAUAAGCCUCUAAGGAGUAAGGAUUAGGAAGGGGAACAAGUUGUAGUAGGGUUACUCAAAUGAUAUGCUUUUAUCUAUGUUAGAUCUUGCGAAGCUCAGUCUCUUAAGUUCUUAUCUUAUAAGCUGUUUGAUGUUCCUUUCUAUAGUUUGACCGUAUAUA